UAUCCCAAUUUACUCUCCACUCUUAUCCUUGUCCAAUAUUGCGGCGUUGGCAGGUGUAACCUUAUGAUUUUCUCGAACCUUCUCUCUUUCUUCCUAUCUGAGCUUACGGAAUUUCAACUAGUUCCACACGUGCACCAGGACCAGAAGGCAUGCCUUGCACCCAGCCUCCCUAGGAUAAAUUCUAUACAUAUACCUUCGCUUAUAAAGGUUCUGCGCAUGAUAGCAAUACCAUUCAUUAAAGACAUACUAUCCGUCGAUCUCGUAGCAUGCCAAUUUCGGUCUUGCUCGCUUCUGGUCCAUCCUACAGCCCUGUUGGUCACUGAAUCCAACAUGACAUAGACAUCCUAUAUGAGGUGUGACAAAGUGAGCCUUUCACAAGACGGAAGACUAUACACAUGCUGUAGUGCAAAGCAAUGGCGUUGAAUGAGGAGUCAGGCUAAGCUCAAAGGGUGUGGGCAAAAUAAAUCCUACAUAGCUUGAGUGCAUGUCAUACAAUCGCAAAGCCUCUCACACAGCGAUGGCAGGGAGCCAAGGCCGGACUAGCACCAGAGCCUCGCCGCUAGAGAAAGUGGCGACGCCGCGUUGGUGCUGGAACCUCACUACAAGAUAGAUAGCUUAAGAGAGAAAAGCUCCCUAGCGAUCAUUCUCAAUCUACAAUUCGUGCUCCUGUGCCGCACCC